GUACUUGACGAAUUAGUUGAAAAUGAUCCUGCUUCCAACCCUGCUCUUGUUUUUUCUGAAUUUAAUCUACAUAACAGAUGCUGCAGACAUAAAGCAUUUAGAUGUGACGAUACGAAACGAAAACGACGUUCAGCUUGCCUUGGUUCAAUUUGUGAAUACAGCAGAUAACCAAGUUUUAGCAAUAACCAAAAAAAUUCCCUUUACAAACCAACUCAUAAAGUUUAGCGCAACAACGGACGGCGGAGCAGGAACGUUGUGGGAAUGGCGGGAGAGAAAUAUUGGCGUUUUGGGCAACUCUGGCUCAUUCGAGUACCGAUUUGACCACGUUACAUCGCGCAGUAUAGGCAUCAAAGCGCAAAGUACAGGUUCGCCUAUAUCGGUGACUUUACAUUUAGAAGAUACUGCUGUGCAGACUACAGCACCAAUCCAAACGACAACUAUGCCAGAAAUUGUUGAAACAACUACAGCGCCAGUAACAGCUAGAUUAACCCUUAAAGAGCAAAUUUCAGUUUUUAAUCAAGGGUCUACAGAAGUCGGAUUAAAGUCCAAAUUUCUGGUGCUAAUGUUUAGCAAACUAGUGCACACAGACGCUUCUCUGGACGCUGUAAAUUUGCUGCUAAAAGUUGCCGAGCAGAAACCUAAUGGAGACAGCUAUACCACCAUACAAGAGUAUUCUAUUGUAUUUAACUCAAAUAACAGAAGAAACUGUUUUGAAUACAGUUCCAAAGCCCUAGCAAAAUAUUUAAACGAUUGGAAAGGGGAUAGCAAAACAGCUAACGACGAUACGGAUUCGAGUUCUGUUGUAAAUGACGACAGCUUGAAUUCGUUCUGUGCUACAGAGUUUUCUCACGUUUUCACAGCGCGCGGGCUGUAUUUGACCACCGCUAAUCUUACCAAACAGCAAUCUUCCGAGCAAACUGCAAACGUUCCAACAUGCGUUCCCAUUGACCCAAGUUGUCCCCCGCCAAUAGUUCAAAUACGGACAGGGAAAUUUCGAAGAAAGGUUGCCGCAAUAUUUGACGCUCCUCUGAUGACGUAUAAGGUUGGUGACAUCAUACAACUCUGGGCUGACGUCAUUAGAUUGCGGUGUCUGGAUAACACGGAUAGUGAUUUAAAGAUGAAUUGGUAUGUUGUCAACAUUUUGGAGUUUGGAAACUCUUUUCUAUCGUCUAUUACGGAGCAGAUUUUAUCAGAUUCAAAAUCUGCGCUACCCAAGGACUUGAGUUUUGUGAACACGGUUGGACUGAGACUUUCACCUGAGGUGCUUCCUAUUGGAGCUUAUUUGGUGGUCUUUUCUGUAAAAGAAUGGCCAUACUGUGGUAGUGAGGGGGUGUUUAUAACAGAUGCUGUGCAACUGAAAAUAUCUUUUCCAAAACUUCACGUUACAAUCGAUGGAGGGUCUUACAUUGAAUGGCCACUUGUAAAUUCUGAUUCCAUGUUAGAACUACAAGCAACAACAUCAGCUUCAAGAGGUUUAAUGUUUACAUGGUUAUGUUACAAGGAAGCUUAUGAUAACACUGGAUUUCAUCAUACAAUAUUUACAUUAAAAAACAGACAAGUAUAUACAGUUGACGAAACAAGUAGGGGUUACGGUUGUUUCGGAAAUGGGUAUAUUCUUUCUUCUACUGAUGACUUGGUUAAGAUGAACAAUCAAACAGGCGGGGGUAUCAUUAACAAAGGCUAUUUACUUCAAAUAUCAGGGGUUACUUUUAACGAAGGAGGACCAUAUGUCUUUACGAUAUUUGUUGCACGCAGAGAAGAUAAUGCAACUUCAUAUUCAAAACAAACAGUGAAUAUAUUUCAACCACAAUCAUCAUUGUCACAGUUGGUUAGAGUCACAAUAGCUUGCAUUGAAAACUGCAAGGAACAUGUGAUUCCAACUACAAUCAUGUAUCUCGUGUCAAAAUGUAAAAAAUGCCACGAAGUUCGACUAAGUCCUAAUGAAGCACUUGUAAAAGAAUGGACUGUUGUUUCUCCAAACUUAACUCCAAAUCUCAGGCACAGGUUUGAUUGGAACCGAGAUUCAGCUGUAAAAAAGAACUCAGAUAAUUUAAUAUUGUUGCCCAGUGCUUUUCAAGAAACUGGACAUUACAAAAUUGUAUUGCAAAUAUUUCUACAAUCAGCGUACAAUAAAAAAUUGAUUUCAACUGCCCAGUACAGAGUUAUGGUUGUUAAAGGCCCAAAUGUUGGAUUGUGUGUUGUGGAGCCUGACUAUGGAAUUGCAUUGAAAACAAUGUUCAGUAUAAAAUGCACCAACUUUGGAGACGAGUCCGACAAUCUUUUAAUGUAUGAGAUGAUUCUGUGUGACAAUGCAAAGCAAACUUAUCAAGGAAAUCAGAUUGUAAUUUACAAAGGAAUGGAGUCUAAAGUAUCUGGUUUGUAUUUACCAGUUGGCAACCCCAAGUUUGGUUAUCGAAAGAAGGUCAGAAUACUUGUCACCAACCAACAAGGCAUUCCCACUUUAACCUCAGCCUUCGUUAGUGUGGUUCCUCCUAGUUUAGAAAAAGUUGAGGAACUGAUUGAUGAAACUGUAAUAGGAAAAGAAAAGCAUGUUUCACAACUUUCUAGAUUGGUUAAAGCUGGAAGCAUUGAUGAUGCAAUUAGGCUUAUAAUAUCUGCAUCCUCAUUAACUAAACCAAAAUCGAGUUCUUCUGAUCUUUCUGUAGUUGCUUGCUCAAAAAUAUUGAAAGAUCUAGGAAAAAUAAAAGUGACAAACCCAGAAACAGUUUCGCAACUUAUGGGAGUAAUACCAAAUGUUUUGAAGUCCUGGUCAACCAGGUUCACGGAUAAAGAUGUCAGAAAUGUGACUGUACCUCUUCGUCAUCUAAUUAAUGUGACAAUCAACUACUUGAUAGAAACUGAUUCGUCAUCAAUUUUAACCAACUCUAGAAAGUUUAAAGAGGCAGGUGUGUCUACUCUAAAAGCUCUGACCGAUGCAACCAAAUUUACCGCCAGAGUGCCCCAUCCUAAAGAUCAAAUUAAAAUGCUUGAAGAUAAAGUAAAAGUCCAUUCUAUGCUAUUAGAGCUUCUAAAACCUGGGGAAAGUGAAAAGACAUUUUUUGUUUCUGAGCAAGAAUCUGUGGAUAUAGGAUAUAUAGAAGCAUCAAAUACAUUUCUCCCUAUUGGAAAUAAUGCUGAAGGCUCCAGCAUAUUGUUACCAACGGACAUUUCAAAUUCAGUUCAAAAAGCUCCAUUUGCCCUUUCCACCAUGUAUUACAGCCCAUUUAAUUCUGGAACUUCCGUUUCAAGUGAUAAUGUAAAUGCAGAAGUCAAUCUUCCAACUGUUUCACUUUCACUUUUCAAAGCUCCAAAUAAUUCAAACGUUCAAUCUGGUAGGGUAUCCAGUAACACUUUUGAAAUUCUGUUGCCUCUAAAACCCUCUGCAAAUGCCCAAAAUGAUUCAGUAGAUCAAAAAGCAAUUGCCAAACUUCUGCUUCCCCCACCAUGCAAUGGUAGCAUUAAAAGCAACUCGAACUCGAAGGUUGCAGUGAACAAAGGCGAAUGUGGAUCCGUAGAAGUCAAAUUAAACUUAAACAUUGACAACUCCAAUACCAAGCUUAAAAGAUCUGCACAACCUUUUAAUGGGAGAUCAUUACAAGAUCGGACACUUGCAUUCAUAGUUUUAAGGCCUAGAAAGCCAUGCAGAAUCCCAAGAUCUCCAUGUAUUCGUGUCAGUUUUUCAAGAGAACUUACGAAUUCGCGCAGUUGUAAUCCUGUAGGAAAUUGUUCAAAAAAUUAUGAAGUUAUUAAAACUGUUACUUUGCCAAACAUGGAUAACGGAAUGAGGGUAAAUUCAUUUUCAAGCGAUCCUUGGAGCAUCCCAACCAAUAAAAGUCUCUUGGAUGAAAUUCGAGGGCAUGGUCCUUCUUCUUUAUCUGAAGUGACAAUGUUAGUUGAGGACUUACAAGAAGAUGCUUUGUUCAAAGAACGAGAUAUUAAUGAUGUAGAUAAUUAUCAAUCGAUUACAGUAAAUGUGAUCAAGGCAGAAUGUUAUGUGUGGAACUAUAAACUUAAUGGAUGGGACACAAAGAAAUGUGGUGAAGGCAGACUGGUGGUGGGUGGAAAGCUACAUUGCCAAUGUCAAUUAUCUGAAAGUAACUCAGUUUCAAACUCUGGAAUUCUAACCAGUGUACCAAUGGUUUUUGCUGCCAGUUUAAUCGUCAUUCCAAACACCAUUGAAUUUUCGGACAUGCUUUUCUUACUAGCUCAACUACAAACCAACCAUUAUGUUACUCUCAUCAUUACUUUAUGGUGGCUUAUAUUUUUACCAGCAUUUAUGUGGGCAGCCAGAGCGGAUAGGAAUGAUGAAAAAGUUCGUGAGAUUAUUAUACCAAACGACUCCGAUCCCGGUGAUGACCAUGCUUAUGAAGUUGUCAUUUUCACUGGCAUCACUAAAAAUGCCGGAACAACUGCCAAUGUUACAAUCAUCCUGGAAGAUGAAGAUGGAAGGAGGAGUGAUCCUCAUGUAAUCAGUGAUGAAUCAAGGAAAGUCCUCCGAAGAGGAGGUGUUGAUUCCUUCCUCAUCUCUUCAAGUGUUUCUCUUCAAAAAAUUAAAAAAGUCCACCUCUGGCAUGAUAACACAGGCCUUCAUCCAUCUUGGAGGUUAAAUAGAGUUGUUGUGUACGACAUGAGUGAGACACAUACACCUUCGUUUUUUAUUGCAAAUACAUGGUUGUCUCUUGAUCUCUUUCCUUACUCCUGCCAAGUGGGAUUGAAUAUUUCUUCAGAAAAAGACGUUCUUACAUUUGGAAAUGUUUGGAGAAUGAGAUUUGUUGAGCUGUUACGCGAUUCCAACGUAUGGACCUCAGCACUAAAUAGGGCCCCAUGCAGUACAUUCACAAGAGUACAGCGCACUGCAUGUUGCAUGGUUGCAGUGUUUGGUUGCAUGUUAGCCAGCAUCAUGUUUUAUGACACAUUUCAGUCCACAAUCUACCAAAUAAAUCUGGGCUAUGUUAACAUUAACUUGUCGGCAAUGGUGGCCAGCGUUGAAGCAGCAGUUGUGCUUGCUCCAAUCAACAUAUUGGUGAACUUUCUUUUUAGAAAGCUAAAACCAUCAGAGGCGAAAUUUUCUGCUGAAAGAGGUCUUGGUUCAAGUGUAAUGCAACUAAUUGGUAAAUGGAGACAAAAACAAAGAUCUGCCAAAACAACUUAUUUUCGGACCAAAUUAUCCAAUUUCAGUGAAACCAAACAAACGCAUUUCAAGCAGAACACUCAAAAUAAUAAUUUGCUUGCCCCUCGAAAUUCAGUGCCGUAUGGAAGUGCUGGUGUAAUUGAUGAUAAAAAAGAAACAAACAAGAAAACAUCCUCAUCAAAUUUCCCCCCUACAGAGGAAAAUACACCAUCCACAAGUCAUGAUAAGCCAGGUACAAGUCGAACUGACAUGUUUGCUGAUGACAGUGAUAUCUCUGAAGAUAGCGAAAAUGAUGAUCAUCUCCGCGUUUCAAUUCGAGACCUGACAGAGAUUCGUGAUUCCUGCGAGAGCUUUUCAAAAUGGUCAACACAGGCUUUUAGGCCAAAUCAAAAAGUCUCACUAAUUCCAUCUAAUACAGUACAUCAGAUACCUUCAUCUGAUUUAGGCAAAAAAAGGGAUAACUACAUUGAAAGUGAGAAUUGGGAACAUUCAGAACAUAGUUCUUAUCAAGAUGACAUCAGUAUCAGCGAUAUUGAAAUGAAUAGGCCUGUUGUAGAAGAAAAUAUACAAUACAGUGAAGUCCCAUCUGAGAAUUCUGAAAGAAAAUUUUCAUCUGAUGGUUUUCCUCUUCCAGGAAAAAAUAAAUCGUCCACAAGUCAUAAUAAGGCAGGUACAAGUCAAAAUGAUAUGUCUGCAAACUCUAAAAGUAGUAAAAAUGGUAAACAUUUUCAUGUAUCCGUUCGGGAUUUUACAGAAAUUCGUGAUACCUGUGAAAGCUUUUCAAAAUGGUCAACGCAGGCUUUUAAGCCAAAUCAGAAAUGUCAACUAAUUCCAUCUAAUACAGUGCAUCAGAUACCUUCAUCUGAUUUAAGCAAAAAAGUAGAUAACUACAUUGAAAGUGAGAAUUGGGAACAUUCAGAACAUAGUUCUUAUCAAGAUGACAUCAGUAUCAGCGAUAUUGAAAUGAAUGGGCCUGUUGUAGAAGAAAAUAUACAAUACAGUGAAGCCCCAUCUGAGAAUUCUGAAAGAAAAUUUUCAUCCGAUGGUUUUUCUCUUCCAGGAAAAAAUACACUGUCCACAAGUCAAAAUAAGGCAGGUACAAGUCAAAAUGAUAUGUCUGCGAACUCUAAAAGUAGUAAAAAUGGUAAACAUUUUCAUGUAUCCGUUCGGGACUUUACAGAAAUUCGUGAUACUUCUGAAAGCCUAGCAAAGUUGUCAACGCAGGCUUUUAAGCCAAAUCAAAACAUGUCACUAAUUCCAUCUAAUACAGUGCAUCAGAUACCUUCAUCUGAUUUAAGCAAAAAAGUAGAUAACUACUUUGAAAGUGAGAAUUGGGAACCUUCAGAACAUAGUUCUAAUCAAGAUGACAUCAGUAUCAGCGAUAUUGAAAUGAAUGGGCCUGUUGUAGAAGAAGAUGUACAAUACAGUGAAGCCCCAUCUGAGAAUUCUGAAAGAAAAUUUUUAUCCGAUGGUUUUUCUCUUCCAGGAGAAAAUACACUGUCCACAAGUCAAAAUAAGGCAGGUACAAGUCAAAAUGAUAUGUCUGCGAACUCUAAAAGUAGUAAAAAUGGUAAACAUUUUCAUGUAUCCGUUCGGGAUUUUACAGAAAUUCGUGAUACUUCUGAAAGCCUAGCAAAGUUGUCAACGCAGGCUUUUAAGCCAAAUGAAAACAUGUCACUAAUUCCAUCUAAUACAGUGCAUCACAUACCUUCAUCUGAUUUAAGCAAAAAAGUAGAUAACUACAUUGAAAGUGAGAAUUGGGAACCUUCAGAACAUAGUUCUAAUCAGAUGACAUCAGUAUCAGCGAUAUUGAAAUGA